AUGGACAGCACGGGCAGGCUGGAGGCAUCAGAAAGAAGCAUCCGGGAGCAGACGGCAGGAGAGCCACGAGGGGCGGCGGCGACGCGCGGGCGCCGGCCGGGCGGGGAGCGGGCCGAGCUGGAGCGCCUGCAGGCCGCCGAGCAGCGCAAGGACGAGGAGAUCAGCCAGGUACGCCUGGAGAACAUCAAGCUAAAGCACAAGAUUGAGCAGCUGGAAGCAAGACUGAAGGCCCAGGAGGAGCUAGCUGAAGGGCUGCACCUCAUUGACUUUGAGCAGUUGAAGAUUGAGAACCAGACCUACAAUGAGAAGGUGGAUGAGCGCAACGAGGAGCUGCUGAAGCUCAGGAAGAAAGUCACCACUACAGUGCAGGUCUUGACACAGCUCAAAGAGAAACUGCAGUUCGUGGAAGCCGAGAACCAGGAGAAGAAGGUCGAGCUGCUGGAGAUCGAGGCAGUGCUGGCACAGAAGAGAGAUGUGCUGACCAAAACCAAGCAGGCCAGGGAUCGUUUACGGGCAGACAAUCAGAGGCUGCAGCAGAAGUGCGGCCUGCUGGGGAAUGAGGUGCUGCUGCAGGACUUUGAGAACAAGGUGGAUGCUGCUCAGGUGCUGAAUCAGCAGCUGGAGAACCUGAAACGGCACCAUGCUGGUCUCACCAUUGCCUGCAAGGGAUUCAAGAAAAAAAUUAAGGAAGCCAAAUCCUUUCUAUUGCCGUGAAGGUAACGUCUGUGCUCCCCAGAUCAUCAAUUCAUGCUGGUUAUAUAAAACCCACCUCAACUACUGUGUGGCAGCAAAUUCUUACAUGUCUACUGAAGACAAAGAUGGGGACAAUUGUACACAUAUGCUAUAAAUAACCAUCCGAUAAUACAAAUUAUUGAAACAAAAAACCCUCCACAGAGCAGCCACAACGAAUACCUGGGACCAUCAGAAUUCUAUUAUGGAAGAGAACAAAGGAAAGAAGAUGGGAGGUGCAAGUCCUAGAGUCAUGAUAAAUACAGCAGGACACAUAUUAGAUCUUACCUGCUUUCUGUUGUAGGACCAUAAAAAAUGGUCAGCAAAGUUUAUAUGAAAUGCACUUAAAUCAGAGCUUCAAAAGGGGAUGUAAAGCAUUAACAUGCCAAGUCAUUUUAUAAACACUCCCCCCUCCUACCCUCUGAAAUGGGUCCUAUUUAGGCAAGAAUUAUGGGUAGGGCUUCUGAAUUCACGAUUGCACAAUUUUUGCAGAACAUAUGAAAUUGGGUGGGCUCUGUGAAAACUGGUGGGCCUUGCAAUUUUGGCGGGGUCACUGCAAAAAAAAAAAAAUACUGAAAAUAAUUUUCACGCAGGCUGCCAGCAUGACAGGCUGCCGCCUCCACCCCUCGCUAUUGAUUGGCUGAGAGGGCUGCCUGUUGUGCAGCCCUGCCCCCUAUACCAAUUGGUAACAAGGGGUGGGGCUGCAUU